CGAAAACAGAAAGUUACUUAGGCGAGAGCGGGGUGAGUUACUCUGUGAUAUAAUCCUGACUUGGCUCUUCACCAUUUGGAGCUGCUUUGACGCAAGUUGGAUCAUUCACUCAUUCCUCCCAAUGGCAGCGACACUUCGUCUGGUGCUACAUGUAUCUCUUUCGGGGAUUGCAGCUUUGGCACUCUCGAGAAGCACUUCCUUGUUUGUUUCUGCGUUGGCUCCAUCGCCAACCACGAAUUGCAACAGCAACAACUGUCUCAUUUUGGGUCUGGGGGCCGUCGGCAAGGAAGUUGCUCAAACCAUUGCCGGCGAUUUUCCUCUAGUCUAUGGGACCGUUCGGAAUACGGAAGCUACGGAUCAAACCGAUGAAGACCCUUCCAUUCUUCGAAAAAUUGCCUUUGAGAAACUUUGUGGGAGCAGCACAGUUCCCUCCACAUGUUCUCACGUCCUCGUCACGAUACCCCCAUCUUCCAUGGGUGACAACCAUUUAAACAACAUCUAUGACAGCAUUGUGGAAUCACUGCCCGAUCAAUCUUGGAUUGGUGUGCUUUCAACCACCGGAGUCUAUGGACAUCACGACGGAAAAUGGGUAGACGAGGACUCGGAUCUGCUUUGUCAGGAAGGUACCAAUGCAGCACGGUACAGAGAUUAUGAAACAGAGUGGCAAGAUCGGAUUCAGGGUACAAACCAUGCUCUCUACAUUUUUCGAUGUGCCGGUAUCUAUGGACCCGAACGAUCCGCUCUUCAUACGCUCUACAAGAAAGGCAUACCACUGACUACUGCUGAAGCACCUGGAAGGUACUCAACAACUACGGGUAGACAGCCACAAAUCACAAACCGAAUUCACGUGACAGACGUCGCAAGGGCCAUUGCGGGAGGAAUGAAGGAACCAAGAGACAACUAUUCAACAACUCACAUGUUCAACUUAGCGGACGACUUGCCAGAGUCUCGAGGUGUUGUGAUGAAGUAUGCUGAGGAACUGUUGGCAACCAACAACAUUACUCUCCCCAAGGACACACCACCAACAACCAGGAAAGCGUCGGCAUCAUCCACACGUCGCGCCAAGAGAAGAACACAGGAAUUGAAGCGAGUCAGCAAUAAACGGAUGAAAACACUUUUGUUGAAAGAAACUGGUUUGGCCUUUCCAACUUACAAGGAAGGCCUGCAAGCGAUUCUGGCAUUGCCAAACAUGACAUGUGUACUUCCAGCAGUAAAGGACGAUAGAUAG